AGGAAUUUAAAACAUUGCGAUUGCGCUCUGAGUCGAGUUAGUUACCUUUCGUGGAACAAGACAGAGGAGCUCCCUCAUAUCACAAGAAUAAGAAAAAAAAUAUCACACUUCAUCCAAAAAAAAAUAUUUGUAAUGUGCAAAAUUCAGAGAAUAAAUUAAAUUAAAUUUUAUUUCAUUUCAUCAGUGCGGUGAUGAAUAAGUGGACGCGUACAAAUUAAAAAUAAUUUUCAUUGAACCAUUCAUAUUCAUUUGUGUUUUGGAUGCGAUAUUAUACUGAUAAGUCUUAGUAGGAGUACACUUUUCUGAUUCAAAUAAAAUAAAAAUUCAAUAACUUUAUGGACAUCGCUAAAUGUGCUGUGAUUUUCUAAUUAUUUUUGUUUAUUUUAAUUUUAUAAUCAAAAUUGUGCUGCGGGUGAUGUUUUGGAAUAACAACUAAAUGAGCAUAUAGCAAAGAAAGCGUGAACGUGGAUUAAAGAAACAAAAAUUAUUAAUAAAAGUGAUCCAGUCUUUCCGUGGUACCGUUAACCGGUUGAAUAAAAUAUAAAAGAAAUACGAGAAAAAAAGAAAGAAGAAAAAAAACACAGUGACCUAACCUAAAAUUCUUUUUCGUAUGAAUGCGGGCAAGUGAAUAUCAUUGGAAUUAUUUCCUUAUUUAUCUUUGCUUUGCGUAACUUUGUAUGUGUUUAUUGAAGAAAAAAUAGUGUGUCGUAUUGAAGCGGAAAAGAAUCUAAUAAGUUACGCAAAAAACUGUAUUCAGCUGACCCACUUUUUGUCAGUUAAAUCAAGAAGACGUGUUGUAGAUAGAUAGAGUUACCAGAAAUGGCGUAUCUUAUAAGUGAUGUGUACGAUUGGUACAGAGACCUAAUGGACAACAGGAGUGAUCCACGGGUCAAAGACUGGCCACUGAUGUCAUCACCAUUUCCAACCAUGGCAAUGUGCGUAUUUUACGCAUAUUUCAGCAAGUCGUUAGCACCAAAACUUAUGGCAAAUCGUAAACCAAUGGAUCUUAGACAAAUAUUAGUCAUUUACAAUUUAUUUCAAACAAUUUUUAGUGCAUGGAUAUUCUAUGAAUACCUGCAAAGCGGUUGGUUAAGCCAUUAUAGCCUGAAAUGUCAACCAGUAGAUUAUUCGAAUAGUCCAUUGGCAAUGAGGAUGGCAGCUACGUGCUGGUGGUACUACAUUGCAAAAUUUACCGAAUUCUUCGAUACCAUGUUCUUUAUUUUACGGAAAAAGACCGAACAUGUGUCAACAUUGCACGUCAUACACCAUGGUUGCAUGCCGUUUUCAGUUUGGUUAGGAAUGAAAUUUGCCCCAGGUGGUCACAGUACAUUCUUUGCCAUGUUAAAUUCAUUCGUCCACAUCGUCAUGUACUUCUACUAUAUGGUUGCCGCUAUGGGGCCAAAAUACCAAAAGUUUAUUUGGUGGAAGAAAUACUUAACAACUUUCCAAAUGGUUCAAUUUGUGGCCAUUUUCACACAUCAAUUCCAAUUACUAUUUAGAGAAUGUGAUUAUCCGAAAGGAUUUAUGGUAUGGAUUGGCUUACACGGAGUCAUGUUUUUGUUCUUGUUUUCCGAUUUUUACAAAUCGAAAUACACCUCACUGAAAAAUAAAACCAAAAAAAUUGCACAAAAUGGCAGCAAUGAUGGUGCUUGUAUGCCCGUACUAAAUGAUGACCACAAGAAACCGAAUGGUGUUUAUAAGAAUGGACAUGCCAACGGCAUUUCGAAUGGUGUACCGAAUGGCAUCCACAACGGUACAAAUGGUUUACGAUCAAGAAAAAUACAAUAACAAAGACUAUAUUUCUAUUUAACAUUUAAAUAAAAAGAAAGAAAAUGAAACAGAAACUGAAAAGAGGAAAUUCUCUUUUUUUGUUAUGUGUAUAAAAACUAAAAAGAAAAAAAAAUUGAUAAAAAGAUUUUUGUUUUACUAUUUAUUCUUGAUGAAUAAAAAAUUGUUAAUCGUUUCUUUACAAUUACUAUGAUUUUAGUAGAAUUGGAAUUAUGGUAUAAAAUUAGAGGAUGGGAAAACAAGUAAGAAAAUCAAUAAUAUUUAAUGACAAAAAAAUGAGAAGAAAAACACAAACAAAAAAAAAUAUGAAAACGGAUGAACAUUGUCGAACGAUUCAAUUCCAUUUAUUUUUUAAUUUAAUAAUUUAAAAUUUGAUUAUAGGAUGAACAUUCAUCUAUGUGGAGUCAUAUAAUCAUUUCUCUAGCAUAUAGUUCAAUUUCAAGAAAAAAGCGAUAAUUAAAAAAGAAAAUAAAUUAAGGAAAACAAGAAACAAAAUUAAUUUAUGAAAAAAAAACGAAACAAAAAAUAUGAAAUAAAGAAGAAAAAAGCAAAAAAAAAAAAUAUUUAUUCUUAGAAGGAAACAUUAAUGCAGCAGAUAAUAUUUUUUUUUCUUUGAAAAAGAGAUUUACUCACAAAAACAAAACAAUAUUGAAGAGGGGGAACAUUUAAAUGAAAAAAAAAAUGAAGAAGAAAAAACUAUGAAUAAAAACACAUAAAAAUACAAGAAACGUGAUAUUUUUGUAUAUUUUUACAGCGCAAUACAUUGACGACUGCAUUUUCUAACCAUAAUCCGUAAGAUACCAUUAAAAAAAAUAUAUAAAAAUUGAUAGAAGUGUAUUGAAAAAUGUUUAUUUUCUUUCAAAUAAAAAACAAAAAAAAAUAUUUUUGCACAUUUCAUUUAGAUGAAGAACAAGAUGAAGACGAAGAAGAAGAACAAGAAGAAACUAUUUUUUAAUUGUGUAAAUUUAAACGUAAAUUUAUCUAAAUAUGCGGAACAAAUUGAAAUAUUAAUUAUAUAUUUUGUAUAAUCAAUUAAUUAAUUCUCUUUAAAAUGUACUUUCAUUAACCACUUUUUUUUCUCUAAUUAUAAUAUUUUGUUGUAAGUUUAAGUUUUUUUUGGUUAAUGAUUCGUUUUGUACAGAAACAAAUUUUUUGUUUUGCGUUUAAAAAAAAUAAGAAAACAUUUCGUUACAACAAUGAGCGUUUUUCUGUUCGUAAUCUUUUCUAAUUAAAUUAAAAGUAAUUAAGCGUUCAGGUGUUUUUCUUAAAAAGACAAGGAAAAGGAAAACGGUUUCAUUUUCAAAGUGCCAUCUUUUGCAUACUGGAAAUAUUUUUGUACAAUUUUGUUUGUUUAUUGGUUCAAUUUCGAAUUAAGCUCAGAAUAUUUUAUAAAAAAAAAUUAACAUUAAAAAAAAUCUUUACAUAAGCGGACCGGUAUGUCGAAAAAGUUUUGAUAAUGAAAUGAUAAAAAUUAUAGUGUGGCAGUUGAAACAACACUCACACACACAGCCUGUAAUACCUUUUCCCUUUCAGUUUAGCGACAUUCAAUUGUCCUAGUUUGUAUGUACCAGAUACACAAUAUUAGUUACGUGCUUGUAAGAUUAGUCAUUGCUCAGCUGAAUGUCGACACAGUAAUGACUUUUGAUAACUGUACCACCAGAACAUCGGCUCAGCGUCAAAAAAGGGGAAAAUGGAAAAAAUGGAGUUUCUCGCAAACGAUAUGUUGCCGGCGGCUCAUACUGGUAAUCUCACAUCUAGUGCGACAAACAAUUCCAUAGUUCCAUUCCAGGAUAGAUUUUAUGUAUCAAGUGCUAGAAUAGCCGUUUACAUAACUAGGGAUAAAAAGUUGGAACGUGAAACACGUGACGUCAACUUUUUAUCCCGUGUUUAAUAUUGAGGCUUUUAUGUACUACAGUGCGUAAUAGUUACUUAUGUCACCGAGUGAUAAUAAUGCUUUUUUAGUCAAUAGAUGUAGAUAGGCACUUGAGGCCGUAGGGCAAGUGUGACAAUACACUGUUUAAAAAAGCAUUUAUCACCGAGCUGCAUACUACGUUUUUCUCAAAAAAAGCCAAUGAAAGUUGGUUCAUUUUGCGGGCGUGAAUAUUAAUUUAAUGAAAUUGUAUCAAAUUGUACCUGAGACGAGGCCGAGGUUUGCAACAAAUCGUGUGCGGAAAAUAACCAUUUGGACAGUUAAUAGGAAUGUAGAGAUUUAAAGUGCUGGUGACAUCGAGCGAAGUACUUGAAAAAACUCAUGUAGCACUUCUUUUGCCAUUAGUUAUUGCAACGCUUUCCUUUAAAUCGGGAUAUCGAAUACCAACGCAAAGAAAAUCUCUACUGUACAGACGCAGUCAUGACCCAACUGGCGACUCAAAGGCGCUUCAGGCGUAAUAGAGAGAUAAUUCGCGAAAAAAUCAUACGUUCAUAAAUAGAAUCGAAAAGCUUUUCGGGUUAGUCCAAUUCUUGGCACAGUUUUCACAAAAUUAGGAUUAUUGAACUCUGAAGCAAUAACUCAAAACCAGUAAUACUUAAGUGAUAAAGGAAUGAGUUUGUUUUUCAUCUGGGGUUAAUCGCCUAAAUUCACGUUCUUCCGAGAUUAGUCUGUAAUUUGACGUAAUGUAAAGCCGCUUUUAGAUAGAUAAUACAUCGAGCCAACAUUUUUCCAUGCAACUUGAGGUGUUGAUGAUGGUGACGAAGUUUUUUUUUACAUUUAGAUGGUGACUUAAGACUAACCAGUUAAGUAACUGUAGUCGAUUGGUUAUAUUUCACUAAGAAUGACAAUUAUUUAUGGGUCACUAGUUACGAUAACACAUUCGACGCGAUGCUUGACUUUUGCAAUAAAAUCGUUUAAUUUCCAAAAAUUCAAGUUAUUCAAUGUUUGCGGAAUGUCCAGACCAAGUUGAUAAGAAACCUGCCGUAGAAUUUUUCUUUACAAUUUUGUUUCCAUGGUACGUCUGUUAUGAAACAAAAACACGCUAGAAGAUACAGGUGUUUACCUGUAAAGAACAAAACCACAAACGGAAAAUACCUAAUCUAAAUUUAUUAACCUUUCACAGACGGCAAGCGGGUCAUUAGUGUAAUUACCGAAUCCAUCACUUCUUUCGAUCUAAGUAUCUUCAAGUGGUUUUUAUUGGUUUGACCAUACCUUUUGCUAUAUAAGACCAGAUUAGCCAGAGUUUAUUACCUGAUAUUGUUGUCGCUGUCAACAACAGAUUAAAUAGUCAUCUGUCGAUUUAAUGACUACAUUUUAUUUACCGCAAAGGGUCGGAUCAAGCGUGAUCAUCAUCGAUUUUGUUUGAUUGUCUUCGAUUGUAGACUGUAGAGCCUUAUUUGAGUGUCUAACGAAAAGCCAGCUGAUUGAUAUAACAAGUGAUACACAAAACACUGGCUUUGCCCAUCACAUAUUUUGUAUGGAUAAACGUUUCAGCUUUUAUUUCAAAAUACGUCUUCCUCUUAUAGAACCUCAAAAUAAAAUGUUUGAAUACAGCGGCUACCAACCAAAUCAAUUAAAAAUGAAAUGGAAAAUUAUACAUUACAGAAAAUCGUAGUGAUUACCACACAGCGCUGCAGUUUGAUUUACUUAAAUGUUGGUGUCGAUUGAAGAAGAACAGUAAAGUUUAAAACAAAAAAUCCAUCUUUGAGCGUUAAGUCACCACUUUUACAUUUCGGAGCUUCAAUUUUUCGACGUAUUCGUCUGCUGUUGUCUGCCUUUUUUAGUAUAAAUCACAAAAAAUAAAUCACUAAAAAUUCA